AUGAAGCACAUUCAUACUAUCGCCUUCCUCAUUUUCGCACGACUCGCAUCAACCGAGGAGAACUCAUACUGCACCCCAAAUGAAAUUUGCGACUCAACUUCUCCCCGCGUAAGCUGGGUAUCCUCAUCCCCACUCCGAAACUCAUUCGGCAUCCUAUUCAGCUGUCUCGCAACCUUCUUCGCCUGCGCCUGGUCCAUCCUCCAACUUAACCUCCCCGGUCUCCACGAGACAGCAACCCACAAGUUUUUCCGAAAGGUAAAAUGGAUGAUCAUCACAAUCGUCUUCCCUGAGCUCCUGGCCGCUAUCGCCCUGAUCGAGUUCGGUCUUGCGCGACAGUCUCGUAAGGAGAUACGACUGCUUCCGGGUAGUCAUAGCUGGACGACGACGCAUGGGUUCUUUGCGAAUAUGGGUGGUUUUGUGUUGCGGACGCCUGAUCUGCAGGAUUUUCCAUUGAAUGCUGAGUCGUUGAGGGUUGUUGUGGCCGAUGGACCGAUUCAGAUUCCUGUUGUUGAGAAAGAGGAUAUUGAGGAUCGAAGUAAAACGGAUUUUUUUGCGAGGUCUUUUGCUGUUUUGCAGGGUUGCUGGACUGUUGUGCAGUGUAUUGCGAGGUAUCGGGAGGAUCUUCCUAUUAUGGCGCUUGAGGUUAAUGCGGCGUUGUUUACCAUUGUUAGUUUAUGGACUUAUGCGUUUGAAUGGUCGAAGCCAAAGGACGUUUCUGUGCCGAUUAUUCUUGUCUCGGAGGAGAGGUUGGAUGAGGAGAAGGUUGGAAAGAUUUUGAAUAUUUAUAAGGAGUGGUAUGGGAAGGAUGUUGGAGAGACUCUUGCUAUUGAGCGCAUCCCUUUUGGUCCGCUCUUUUCGGCUUACUUCGGGAAUACGCUUCAGAUGGGAGGAUGGAUGGGGUUUCUCAUCUUUGGUUUGAGUCUUGUUACUGGAUUUUAUAAUGGAGCCCAUAUGUGGGUGCAUGAGGAUUUGUUUAAUCCUGGGAUGUGGAUUGCUUGGAGAUGUUGUGCCUGGGGAGGGAUUGUUGUACCAUUGGUCGCUAAUCCGUUGAUUUGGUUUGAGAAAUGUCUUCCUACGAUUUUUGUUUCUUGGUCUUGGUGGGUUUUGGUGGUUUGUUAUGUGAUCAUUCGACUUGGUUUGCUUGCUGUUGGAUUGAUGUCGUUCCGAUCCUUGCCUGUGGAAGCGUAUUAUAACGUGACUUGGACAACGUUUAUCCCUCAUUUCUAG